AUGGAAGGUAUAGCCCUGGAUGGUAUCGGCCCAGUAUUCGUUGCCCCAGCUCAGAUCGAGACUGCACCAGAUCCUGGGCAGUCACACCAAAAAGCCCUGUUCACCACAAGCGGGCCGAGACAGUCGACAACGCCUAGUAUAGAUCAAUGCAAACAAAGGGCACGAAGGACCGUGAGGGAAGGAACUAGCGGCCGAGAAGAGUCAAGCAGCAUGCCUUACACUGGCGGAGGGCAGGAGGGAAAAAAAAAGAAAAGAGAGGCGAAGAAUAUCAUGCUGGCUCAGGAACAUGACAAGCGCGGUCCAAACCCUGAUGCGCUGGCAUGGCUUUUCACCAGUGGUCCCGCGCAAAAAAGAUCCAGGACGUCCUGGCCCAUCGGCCACCGUAACGUGGGCCGGCUGUCUAGGCAUGCCUUAGAAGGUGCCAGGGUUGAUGUCGCGCAGAUGAAUCCUGGCAUGGAACCACCAGAGAGAAUUGGUGCUGGCGGGCUUCUUUGUACCAUGAGCCGAUCGUCCCUUCUGGAGGGGAAGCAGGAUGCCACCAAUGAUGGAAGAAAGUCCCGCAUCGCGGAUGCAAUGAUGAGUUGGCAAUUUCGCUUCGUGCGGCGGGGAAUCCAUGCCACUUCGACACGAAGUGAGCAAAGGAUGAGGAGAAAGGAGGAGCACGACCCCGGGGAAUUUGGUGGCCUUUGGCUCCAACUCGACACCCGUUGGGCCACUGCUUCUUCUUCCCUCGUUUGGCUGAUUGACGGGCGCCAGGGGAUAGGGUCAAACGUGGGAGAAGCACAGAUCGAAUGCCCAGUCAAUACUGUCCCCUAG